AUGGCGGACGCGAAAGGGACCGGGCCCCUGGACCGGGAGAAGCUGCUGUACGACACCGCCAAGGUGGUGGUGCUGGGCGACCCGGGUGUGGGCAAGAGCUCCCUGAUCGCCGCCGCGACCGAGUCCUUCGACCCAAACCCGCCGCCCUGCCUGCCGCCCACGCGCCUGCCGCCGCAGAUGGAGAACGUGCCCCUGCUGGUGACGGACACCUCCAGCCGCAGUGAGAACAGCGCGUCGCUGCGGGAGGUUGUGAAGGAUGUGGAUGUGGUGUUACUGUGCUACGCUGUGGACAUGAUGUCUUCAAUCCAGCGGCUGAAGGACUACUGGCUUCCAGAGCUACGCAAGUUGGAGACCGGCCGGCCAAUCGUGUUGUGCGGGUGCAAAAUGGACAAUGCGCCCGACGAGUACUCCUUUGAGAUACAGCGGUUACAGCUGGAGGAGCUGCUGAAGGAGUUCCGUGAGAUAGAGACAGCGAUCGAGUGCUCUGCUCGCACUCUCAGCUUUGUCCAAGAGGUCUUCCAUUUCGUGCUCAAAGCGGUGAUUCACCCACAGCUGCCAUUGUACGACACUAUGAACCAGAAAUUGAAGCCACGUUGUGCACAGGCCCUGCGGCGUGUCUUCCUGCUGUGUGACCACGACAGGGACAAUAGGCUGAGUGAGAGGGAAAUCAACGCCUUCCAGAUCGCCUGCUUCAACACGCCGCUCCAACCAGAUGAGCUGGUGAGCGUGUUGGAGACAGUUGGGGAGAAGAUCCCGCACGGAGUGAAGGACAAUGGCCUAACACUGCCUGGUUUCAUGUUCCUCAAUGCCCUGUUCAUGGAACGAGGACGGUUCGAGACGUCAUGGCAGGUUUUGCGGAGAUUUGGCUACACCAACGAGCUUACGUUAUCAGAUGAGCUGAUCCAGGAAGUCUCCUUCGACAUUAGCCCUGACCAGACAAUGGAGCUCACCGACAGAGCAAUAGUGUUCCUGACCGAUUGGUUCAAUAAACUGGACUCUGGAAAGACGGGAGGUGUCAAGGAGGCCAAGAUCGUCAGCGAGAUGGAGGAGACAACUCCAGAGCACAUUUGGUCAGGGCCUGAGUGGGACAGCGUGCUUGUUGCCAACCCACACGCUGGGCGCGUAACCCUGGAGGGGUUCCUCUCCAACUGGCGCUACUCCAUGCUCAUCCACCCCAAGGAGACGCUGAAGCAGCUGCUAUACCUGGGAUGCGAUAGCCAGGAGGUAGUGGACCUGUGCACAACCACCAAGCGGCGGAAGUUGGAGAGGAGGGAGCAACUGUCCAGGUCCGUCCUGCAGUGCCUGGUGUUUGGGUCGAAGGGGUGCGGCAAGACAUCCCUGCUGCGAGGCCUGGUGGGCAGCAGUGCUCCCACUGCCCAGGGCCUUGAGGCUGGCCACAACUACGUGGCUGUGGCCUCCGUGACCUCCCCUCAGUUCGGUGAACGGACCCUGGUACUUAAGGAGGUGGGCCCCGAGGCGGCCUCAGCACUGUUGAAGCAGGAUGGGGAGGGCGGACCUUUGGAGGCUGUCGAUGUUGCAGCGUUUGUCUUUGAUGGGAAUGACGCAAAGUCGUUUGCAGAGGCUCAGAGCUUGAUGCUGCAGGUGUCCACCACAGCGGGCGACUACCUCCCCUGCCUCUUCGUGGCCUCCAAGCUGGACCAGCCCAUGGCGCCGGACCUCAAGUCCGACUGCGCCGCCUGCUGCGCGGAGCUCAAGAUGCGCGAGCCGCUGCCCAUCUCCGCGCAGAACGGCGAGUUCGGAUCCCUGUUUCGCACGCUGGUAGAGACGGCCGUGCGGCCGGGCCCCAAGGACAUCCCUGAGACGCCGGCGCGCAAGGCGGCCAAGAUCCGCCGGCUGUGGAUGCAGCGGCUGCUGCUGGCGGGCGUGGCCGGGGUUGUGGCGCUCGGUGUGGCGGUUUACGUGGUGCCCAGGAUGCGGGGGGAGGGGAGGCCCGAUGGGACGGAUGUUGCGCGGGCCAGGGGCCCCGGUCGGGGUGGGAGGGCGCGGUGA